UAAGCCAAAGAAACGAGAUUCAAACUAGGUAAAGCCAUGUGUAAGAUAAGUUUUUUUUUGAAAUCUUUCUCAGCAUGCUGAAGCUUCCAGCUCCUAGACAGUAAUACAUGUUCCCCUUGCCAGAAUCCCAAGAGUAUGUCUCCCCUCUUGUGCAUGAGAACGUCUAGAAUUACAUGUAUGUGCCAACGAUGUGGAGGGAACCUGGCUGGCAUACUCACAAUGACCAAACUGUAUUGAUCUGACUUUAAUCCAUUACAUUGCUCCACUAUUAGCUUGAAUAAAUGAUGUAUUUGCUUUCUAGACAUUACCAACUUCUAAUCUAUAUGGAAUAAUCCACGGGUGCAUUCCUUUCAGGUAGAUAACAAUUUAUCUGGAAUAUAAUCUUUAUAUAUUUACAUAACAUCUUUAAAUAUAAUCUUACAUAUCUGGAUCCUUCAAAGUAGACCAAAGACCAAAUUGGGUCUGCAAGGCUGAAUUACAAUUGUGGGAUCAUACAAUGCUCACAACUGAUGGUCCAUGACCCCUGUCUUCUGAGAUCAGAAUCCAGUGUGGUUCCUGAUCAAUUUGAACAAAAGAAGAGUUCCCCUCAGUGAACUUGAGGGGCCCUCUGAAAAACCUGUACUGUCUGCUCAUACUUCCAUGAUGUUCAGACCCUCGAGAACUGUGAGGAUCCCUCCACCCUGGCAGAAAUUCACUGUCUUGCAUUCGCUACCUGAGCAGACAGUUGAGGCUGUGAAGCCGAAACCAUCCAGUUACCUCCCCCCUUCCUGCCCAAAGGGGUUGGGGGAGAAGGUCCAAGAAGUGCCCAGAGAAGGAAAGGAAGAUUUUGUAGAGACCAGAGGACAGGGUAAUGGGAACAGGGUCCCCCACAGUAGUGGGGAUAUAGUGUUGACAUCCAGGCCCCUGGAGACCGGUGGACUGCUCAGUUCCGAUCAAGGCAGCCCUGUACCUGGGGACCAACCUCCCAAUCCCUCAGGAGACAGCUUCGGAGGAAACACUCAGAUACCUCGGGUGAGCUCCCCCUCUGAAAGACCUGUUGUCACCUCAGAGGGCUCUGCUGGUGAUGUUCCUCUUCAGAAGCCUGAUACAGAUGCAGCAGUGCUCUCCGACCCAAGCCCAGGCUGCCCCUUGCAGCAGGGGAGAUUAACACAAGAAGUGGUGGCUGAAAAUCAUCAGCCUAGCCAGAGCACACCAGACCUCUUGAGGAAGAUCAGAGAGGUGGAUAAGCCUUCAGGCAUGCCAUCAGAGUACUCUUCCAGUAUCUGCCACCAGUAG